CCCGCUUCCGCCUCGAUGGUGGCCGCUUCCCGCUUCCAGAGGCCGUUCCGGCGGGCCCCGGGGCAUGCUGGGAUAGGGCCGCCUCUCGUUGGUCUCCGCCCGGCAGCCAUGGCGGCGCCGCCGGUUCUCCUCAUCCUUCUCCUGGUGGCGAUGGCGGCGGCGGGAGGCGGCGUGGGGCCCGCCUGGGACGCGGCCGGUUACCUGCUCUACUGUCCCUGCAUGGGCCGGUUCGGGAACCAGGCCGAACAUUUCUUGGGAGCCCUCGCCUUCGCCCGCGCCCUCAACCGGACCCUGGCCGUGCCGCCGUGGAUUGAGUACCGUCACCACCGCCCGCCCUACACCAACCUGCACGUCCCCUACGCGGAGCACUUCAAGCUGGAGCCGCUCCUGCGGUAUCACCGCGUUAUCAGCCUGGAGGAGUUCAUGGAGAAGCUGGCGCCCGUUCACUGGCCUCCUGGCAAGCGAGUGGCUUACUGCUUCGAAGCGGCGGCUCAGAGGAGUGCGGACAAAAGCACUUGUCCCAUGAAGGAUGGAAAUCCAUUUGGUCCCUUCUGGGAUCAGUUCCAGGUGGAUUUUGAUAAGUCUGAGCUCUUCAAGGGAAUUUCCUUCAGUUCUGCAUACAAAGACCAUUGGAUCCAAAGGUUUUCACCAUCUGAGCACCCUGUACUUGCCUUACCUGGAGCUCCAGCCCAGUUUCCAGUCUUAGAGGAGCACCGGCCCCUCCAGAAGUACAUGGUGUGGUCUGAUGAAAUGGUGAAGAAAGGAGAAGCCUAUAUUCAUUCUCUGCUGGUCAGGCCCUACGUAGGAAUUCACCUGAGGAUUGGCUCAGACUGGAAAAAUGCUUGCAAUAUGUUAAAGGAUGGGACGGCUGGACCACACUUCAUGGCUUCACCUCAGUGUGUGGGCUACGACCGAAGCGCCGCGGUCCCUCUCACCAUGGACAUGUGCCUGCCAGACCUCAAAGAGAUCAAGCGUGCUCUCAAGCUGUGGGUGAAAAAGACAGAAGCUAAAUCUAUUUUUAUUGCUACUGAUUCUGAGCCCUACACGACAGAAAUACGGCAGUUCUUCCAAGGAAAGAUCAAGGUUGUUAACUUGCAGCCAGAAGUGCCUCAGAUUGAUUUAUAUAUUCUUGGCCAGUCCGAUCAUUUUAUCGGGAACUGCGUCUCUUCGUUUACUGCCUUUGUGAAAAGAGAGCGUGACGUGCAUGGAAAACCCUCUUCGUUUUUUGGCAUGGACCACCCACCAAGAUUACGGGAUGAAUUCUGACCAAAAGAGGGACAAGCUCCAUAGUUUUCAGGGCUCUGAGCUUGGUUACCUCACUGAGGGACCGCUUGGUGCUAAUGGUGCUCUCCUGCCUGAAGAGCACGUUGCCGGGCUGCCGCAGAGCUGCCUGUGGUGCUCCUCACUUACUGUUCUGUCUGACUUCUAUGUUUCCAGCAUGAGGUCAGACAGAAAAGUAAUUUUAAAUCAUGUAGUUUAUAGGAAGCUAUGAACUACGUAUACUUUUUUAAGACGUAGUUUACUUAGUUCUCCAUUCUCACUAUUUGGGGGUUGCCAGCAAUCAUGAUGAAGUAGCUGCUUGGAUUUCCUCUUUUUCCAUUUUUUAUUUCCGUUAAAUCUUAAGUUUUACCUGGAGCUGCGAAGCUUCUUGUCCAAAACUGACCAUAAGUGCAAACUAUUGCCAGGAAUAUCACAUUCCCUGGAAAGGACUGCAAGAUAAACCUCAGGACAAAAAAUGAAAGAUCUAGGUUUUAUCAUGUACCACUGUUGCCUUACUAGAGCUGUGUCACCUCAGUGCCUCGGUUUUCAUUCCCCUGUCAAAAGAGGUUUCAUCUCCAGCGGUGCUACUGAAGCGCAGCGGGGACAUGUUUUGAUGUGGCAGCUGUCUCUUCAGCCCAUCUUUGUGUGGAACUGGGGGAGAAGGUGCUUGCAGGGCCACAGGCAGGAGAUUUUCCAUAGCCAGUCGAGAGUUGGAGAUGUAGGGCUUGUAGCUGGUGACGUCAGGUGGAGGUCUGUGGUAGAAAUGAAACUGAUUUUAAGCUAAGAUUUUUAACGUAGCUGUAGUGGGUUUGGUGUAUGUUGUACCUAGGUCUAUGUUAAUGUUGUUUCUGGUUCUUGUGUUGUUUUUUUGUGGUUUUUUUGUCAGUUUUUGUACUUUGUGAAAUAACCCCUCUGACAACAGACCCCUGUCUGUGAGGGUAGAUAACUGAGGAGAGAACUGUUGGAAGCGUUCACUGAUGGUGAAACAGCAGCUGAAAACCUCUUAGUUUUGCACUGCUAACACCGAUAAUCCCAGUGUGGUGAGAUUCAACUUGACCAAUGCCUUUUGGUACUCCUGUCAUUUUAUUAAUUUUUUCCCAAAGACUGAGUACAGAACUUACUGUUUCUUUUUUAAAAACACCUUUUAGGUCAAUCUGUCAUACUGGGGCUGGCUGCCUUCAGUGUGCUGCUGCGGUCUAAAUGCUGCUUUCUCUGAGCAGUUACUGGGAUUUCGCUCUAAAUAUCUUUUUGGUGGGGGGUUUUUCCCUCCUUGGAAAUGUUUCUCAGCUUUGAAGGAGUUUGAAGGCUCAAGGGAGGGCACAAGAGGGAGCUAAAUGAGACGGUACCUGAAGUGUCAGGGCGGCAAAGACUCAUGUCUUGUUUCCUCAGUGCUGGCUUCCAGAAAUUUGUGGGAUUUGGCAGUUUUGGGACCUCUGGCCACAUCCUAGGGCAGCUGGGCACCUGCACGCUCCUCCCUUGGUGAUGUUGGAUGACGCCAUUAGGGUGGCCUUGUCUCACUGCAGGGCAAGGGCAGCCUUUCCGCACAGUAUUGUAUUAAACAGUGUAUUAAAAGAAAAUGUGGGGGUUUUUUUAAAGA